AUGACCAACGACUCUCCCAACGAAGCUCGUCGGUACGGAACGCCGGUCUUUCCUCCGGCAUCAGAAAAUGACCGAACAUCGCCUGUUGCCGAUACAUCUUCAUUCGGGCUAUGUAGCACUGAUUCUACAAUGUCGAAAACCCUGGAGACAGGAAAAAUUUAUCCUGGUUCUGAUUACCAACCUCAAUCGGGCGUUCCACAAACAGAAAAUUCCCCCAGUUAUCAACAACCUAAUUACGCCAUAGCUGCAGCUCACUUGACACAAUCACAACCGGGAUUAAAAAGCCUGCAUGCAAUGACAUCUGGGUAUUGGCAACAAUCAGCUAUAAUCACUCCGCCAGAGCAAAUGAUUUUACCUGGCAAUUACGCCCCGAUGUUUCCUACAGCAGAUUCAUUUAGUGCGUCUAUGGCAUAUACCUCAGCAGCCACACCCCUUGGAGCCUCGUGGCCUUGGAUGAUGUCAGUCGGCUCAAACAUUUACAACCAAUCUACUAGCUUCAGGGAUUCCGUCCAGCCGGGGAGCCCAAACAUAGCUCCAGCUCUUUCUGUGUCCAUUAUGCGAGGAGCAAUGGAUAUGGCUUCUCAAUAUAAUAGCGAUAGCGGCAUCAAAAGCAUUACUGCUUCUGCCCAACUGAACGCUAUACCUGAAUACAGCCGACCCUCCGCCUUUCAUGUGGUUUCUAGAGACCACACCGAUUCACAAAUGAGUGCUCAUGAAAGUUCUACUGAUCAAAUCCUUGAUGAAGAUUCUUCUAACACCAUGCCGGAUAAAUCAUUUCGAGCACUCAAAAGCAAAAGAACACCUUACCGACGAACAAGACGUCGCGUUAAGAGUCGUCCUGGUUCGCUUGAGGAGAUACUGAAUGAUAGUAUUAACUCAUCUACGCCGGACCUCUCUCAUGGUUCUUGGAUGAAAGAGGGUGCAACUGCUGUCUACAAAUCUUGUCCAUAUGGCUGGAGCUCAAAUACCGAUGAAGCCGAGCUGAAUGAGAAUUCCGAGAACGAGGUGAAGAAUCAGCAACCGGCCUGCUCCAACUCCUCACGACCAAGUUCCACACGUAGUCGCCCGUUGAAUCGCAAUGCACUAAAACAAAUGAGACAGUGGUACGAAGCGCACAUCGACCGACCUUAUCCGACUACGGCGGAGAAGUUACAGCUGGCGAGGCUUGGGGGAAUCAAACUUUCCCAGGUGAACUCCUGGUUUGCCAACCAACGCACUCGAUCCUGUAAUACGCGUCCGAAGAAGAAACUACAGCGCUUACAUUCUCGUCUGAAAGAUGUGGCAGUGGAGCUGGAACAAAUGACUCAAGGCAUCGUCUCGGCCGCUGAUCUGGAGUUGCAGCUUCGUUCGAUUGUGGAUUCAUAUUUGGCCUAA